AGCCAGGCUUAUUUAUCAAUAAUAUAUACAACAACAAAAAAAUACCCAUUAUAUAUCUCCUUCCUUCACAAGUCACAACAAAAAUAAAAUUUCUCUGUUCGAUUCUGAUUUCGUUUCUGUCUCUUCCUCAAACCUCAAAGAAAAUGGAGUUAUUCACCAAAGGCAACGCCGUUAAGUUACGGAGCCAUCUGGACAAGUUUUUAGUCUCCGACGACGACCAAGAAACCAUCCGUCAAAGCCGUAAAGGAGAUUCACGGCGAGCCGUGUGGACGGUAGAGACCGUCGUCGAUAAACCGAAUCUGAUAAGAUUGAGAAGCUGCCACGGCACGUACGUAACGGCGAGCAAUAAACCGUUGCUGUUAGGUAUGACCGGUGAGAAAGUGACUCAAACGACGUCGUCUAACAAACCGAUGGAUUGGCAAACGCAGUGGGAACCGGAGCGAGAUGGGUUUUCGGUGAAGCUCAAAUCUUGGUGCGGCAAAUGGAUGAGAGCUAACGGCGGAACGCCGCCGUGGAGAAACUCCGUUACUCACGACGAGCCUCAUACGUCCAAGACCAAGAACUGGUUGGUUUGGGAUGUUAUUACUGUUGAUGGUUCUGAUCUUGAUGGAAACAUGUCUGAUGGAGAUGAGAGCUCUGUUUCUUCUCCGGUUUCUUCACAUAUCUCCGGAUCGGGUCUCGGGUCAGAGCCCGGGUCGCCCGUUUCUGCCGGGUCUGUGAAGAGUAUUGGUCGGUUCGCUUCUCUCGGUUUAAGUUCAAUGUCUCCGAGAUGGUCCCCAAAACCGAAGCAGACGAUUAGCUUCAACCAAAAGGAACAACCAAAACAAGAAUCAGCAAUGGAGUUUUUCCAGAAAGCGAAAGCUAUUCGGAUGCGUAACAGCCACAACAAAUAUCUAAUAGCAGACGACGACGAAGAAACAGUGACCCAAGACAGAAACGGAUCUACCAAAAACGCUCGAUGGACCGUCGAGCCGGUUCGCGAUUCUCACCACGUAAUCCGUCUCAAAAGCUGCUACGGCAAAUACUUAACCGCUUCCAACGACCGGUUCUUGCUCGGAGCCACGGGGAAGAAAGUGGUUCAGCUUAAACCGAGUCGGCUCGAUUCCUCUGUUGAGUGGGAGCCUGUGAGAGAAGGAACCAAAAUCAAGCUAAGGACGAGAUACGGUAACUAUCUCCGAGGUAACGGAGGUCUUCCUCCGUGGAGAAACUCCGUCACGCACGAUAAUCCUCAUUUGUCGGCGACUCAGGAGUCGAUUUCGUGGGAUGUUGACGUCGUCGAGAUCUUGAUUAAUCCUCAAUUCACGGCGGAGAAGGAGACUCCAUCGCCGAAGACUCCGCCGCUGCAUAGGAGGCCGUCGAAUUCUCCGUUAUCGGUUUCUCACUCGAGGACUCCGUCUUCUCUUUCGGAGAGAUCCGAUCCAGAUUCUGUUGAGUCUCCUCCGAAAUCUGAUGGGCGAACCAUAUAUUACCAUAUCGCUGAUGACGAAGGACACGUGGAGGACGAUACGACCGUUGGAUAUGCAUUCACGUUUAAAGGUAACAGCGUGGCGGAGCUGACUCAGACGCUUCGUGAAGAAACGUGCUUAGAGGAUGCUGUGGUGUGCACGCGCAGUCCCUUAAACGGCAAGCUGUUCCCUCUUCGUUUGCAACUUCCCCCUAACAAUGGAACAUUGCAUGUCGUUUUACUACCCACCAGCGCUAGCCUCUAGAGACUGGCACAAGAUUUCAUGGAUACAUUUGCGACAAUCGGAGACAUUAGCAAACGAUUGAGUUAUUGCCAGUGAAAUAUUUGGUGAGACAUAUGUUAUGAACCUUAUAAGAAAACUUGAAGAGUAUAAAAAAAAGUUGGUAGUUGGUACAAGACUCGUGGUCACGGAGAUAAAAGGCGUCGCACUUGAGCAUUACUUGAUCUUUUAGUAGUAAGAGUUUUGUUAAUAGAAAAUACUUAUAAACAAUCUUUUUGGGGGAUAUAGUACAAGUUAUUUGUUUUUUUGUAAAUAAGCAAUUUAUUUGUAAACGAAUAUAUGGAUUUUGGAGUUC